GCAGGAAGAGAGUGUGAGUGCGCAUUGAUCACUCCUUACUCAGGAGCAUUGCACAAGGAACCGCAGCUCUCAAUAUGUCAUAUUUCUAAUGCUGGGGUACAGUCUAAGUCACCUCAGUCCUCUGACACUGCAAGAUUGCACCCGAAGCCCUUGGACUGGACCGGACUAAGAUUGUUUUCAGAGAAGUGGGGCUGUUGUCAGUUUGAAACCCAUUGGACGGCCAGCGGUGGAAAGCGCAGUCGAGAAAAAGGCAAGGCAGAGACAAGACUGUUUUAGAAGCCAUGAGAGAAUACAAAGUUGUCGUGCUUGGAUCCGGCGGAGUGGGCAAAUCAGCAUUGACGGUUCAGUUUGUAACUGGGUCUUUUAUAGAAAAAUACGAUCCCACCAUAGAAGAUUUUUAUAGAAAAGAGAUCGAAGUGGACUCGUCGCCGUCUGUGCUGGAGAUUCUCGACACGGCGGGGACUGAACAGUUUGCCUCCAUGAGAGAUUUGUAUAUCAAAAACGGGCAGGGCUUUAUUUUGGUAUACAGUCUGGUCAAUCAACAGAGCUUCCAAGACAUCAAACCCAUGCGGGACCAGAUCAUCCGGGUGAAACGGUACGAGCGAGUGCCCAUGAUCCUGGUGGGCAACAAGGUGGAUUUAGAAGGCGAACGAGAGGUUUCUUCUGGAGAAGGAAAAGCCCUCGCAGAUGAAUGGAAUUGCCCCUUUAUGGAAACUUCAGCCAAAAAUAAAGCCUCGGUAGACGAACUGUUUGCAGAGAUUGUCCGACAGAUGAACUAUGCUUCACAGCCGAAUGGGGACGCUCAGUGCUGCGCUUCCUGUGUUAUCCUUUAAAACGAGUUUAAAAGUUUAGCGAGUGACGUAAUAUUAAAAAAUAAAACUAAGAUUGGAAACUAACACAACUUUGUUUGAAAACGUUGAAGUGUCGUUGACUACGUGAUCAGUAUUCAAAGGUGUUCUAUUGUCUUGCACACACACGUUAUACACAAUUAUCCAAACCAGUGUUUACAUGGCAGAAUACUUGAAUGUUCUGGAUUUGCUUUUAAAGACUCGUAGACACAUGCAUUUGGGGGGAAAAAAAUUGUGCCAGUGGUGAUAUUUAUUUUGAAAUGCAUCGACACGUCUGUUUCCCUGGAAUUCUUUUGCUGGGAUUCAUCAACGGUUGUGAAUUAUUGCAUUUAGUUAUCUCCGGAGGAACGAGAGAACGAUACCACUGAGUGGCUAAUUAAACAGCAGACCGCAACCCUCAUUCAACCUUGCAGCUGCAUCACCUGGGAGUUCAACUUUUGAAAGAAACCGGCAACAUCACCGGACACAGCAACGUUUUCUGAAUGUGGCAAAACAUGUAUCCAGUCCCAACAAUUGCACUCUAACUGGAACUUAUCUAACACUGACGCCGAAACAAGCUCGGAAUAGGCAAUAUGGUUUCUGUGAAAAAAAAAAAAAAAAAAACAACAAAAUUUAUAUUUUGUACCUGCUGCAUAAAAUGGGUAUUAACGAAAAUCAGUGGAAUUUUCAACAUGAGCUGUGAAAAAUUAUACCAUUUUGUAUGCUUAAAAAAACAAAAAAAAAAAAAAAAAAAACUGCUUCAGUUGACCAGUGUCCCCAAACUAGCAUAAACAAGGACUUUUAUGCAACGAUACAGGGCCCUGAUAGUCCAGUGUCUUGUGCCUUCCAAAUCAGCUGUUCAAGUUAGUGCCAACUGCAAAGUAGCCACACAAUGGAAUUAUAUCGCAAUCCACAAAGUACUUUAAUUCCCCGUUGUUAAGGAAUGUGUUUAUUUCUUUUCAAUUUAGCAUUUUAAAUCUAAUUUUCUACCCCUGUUAACAGCUUAAUUGAUUGAAAUUCGCAGGCCCUGGGUCCAUCUAGUUAUUGUUUACUAAAACACCUUUUGUUUUUUUCACCCUGGUCAGCAAAAGCAAAAAAAGGAUUUUAACAAAAUGUGAUGUACCAUUGAAAUUCUAACCUGAUUGUAAUUUUAAUAUCAGACCAGCCUUUUAACAGCUGUCUGUAUGUUUUGAAAGACUUUUAAUACAAACAGCAUUUUUAAAAUACA